AUGUCAGGUGAAACCGGCGGGGACAACGAUGACCAGGCGGCCAUGCGCAGCAUGGACGAGCUCGGAACACCUCACAACCUACAGAUUGGAAGACUCUUCUACCACUUUAGAUCCACUCCAGACCCCUCUGUGAGUCGAGGGACAGUUGUUGUUCCUCAAUUGGAUUGGGAGGGGGUGAGAAAUGAGAUGGAGCGAUUGUCCAUUGAGAAUCAGAGGCUGAAGGAUAUCAUCAUCUCUAUGCACCUCAAUCCUCCUGCAACAGUCAGUUACCGGAGUUACCAGGGCCAUGCAUCAUCAUCAACUGGGAACGGUCACAAUAUCGAACUAAUUAUAGGAGCAGGAAGCCUUACUUCAAUUUCAUCAGUCCCAUCCCCGGACUCAAAUGUACGACAUGAUGGCAGUGUUGCUGAUGAUUCUGUGUCCGUCUCUUCUUUGCCGUCAGAUCAAACCGCUACUACUGAGGGGCCUAAGACUGAUAUUGUCCCGGCCAAUUCACAACCAGAAGAAUCCUUCGACUGCGUGGGGCUUGAAACAUCGUCCGACAUUUCAUACAACACCGCUUCAGAGAAUGAUGUUACACUGGAUGAAAGUGACGAUUCUGUAUCAGAUUGCAGCACGAUUCGGAUCUUCGAAGUGGAGGACGCUUUUUCAGAUAGUGAACAUGUCGAAGCAGAAGACCAAAAAGUUGGUGUUAAUAAGCAUUCAGACCAUGAAGGCGAUAUCCAUAUUGGUGUGGUUAGCGAAUCAGAAUCGGGAUUCAAGUAUUCCAGUCGUCUAAGAUCUUCAAACAACUCGCUCAAGGCCCAAGCUAUUUCAAGUGUUGAGCAGGAUCAAUAUGGAACAACAGAUUUCUGGGUAAACCAGAGAAACAGUGCAAGGUCCAGUGGACGCUUGAACUAUGAUGUCCCGGAGGAUUUUGAUCCUGAGCAGGAUGAUGUUUUGAGCGAUGUUGAAACCGUUCGGAGUGAUGAGGCGCUGACAGCCUGGGGAAUUGAGCGUGAAACGGCCUCUAAAGAAACUCGACUUGUGCCCAGUGAGAAAGGUAUUGAAAAGGAGAGUACUUGUAGUGAUGAUGAAGAGGGGUGGGAAGAGUUCGCAAAAGAAAUCAAUUCAACACCAAAUCUUCGUUUGUGCAAUUUUCAAACCCCCCCUACCCCAACUUCGCCGGGAAAUAUCCCGCGGGCUAUUGGCAACAUCAAAACCGAAUCUAGAUACCUGGGGGAAGAUGGUACUUCAACUGUCACUGGAGAUCAUUUCUCGACGAGCACAAUCAAAACCCCUAUGAAUUAUAAGGUGCAAGCUAUUGCCAAAACAAAAGAAAAGGCCAACAGUCAUGAAGUUUUAGUUGAUCUGUUUGAGGAAAAAAAUUCGGAAAUAGAUGAGAGGGACGAAAUAUUUCAGGACAGGCAACAUAUACCACAGUCUUCUGCUUCUAUGCUGGACCUUCGGACUUCACAGGAGGCCGCCUAUGUCGCGCGACGAAAAGACUCCGCGUUAUCUCCUGCCAGCUGCACGGGAACUGGAUCCUCUAUUUCCCCACAUUCGAAGCUUUUUUCUAAUCCCUCAACCCCACGAAGCUCCGAUCCCUAUGGUCAUAACACGGCCCCCUUGAUUCCCGUUACGUUAACAAGUCCUGCAGGGCGUAUAAUCCGGUCUCAAAGGUCAGUUGAAUGGAUGCAUCUUAAGCCGACAGGUAUGGAUGAUAGCGCCCGCAUUCAGCCCUCAAGUAAGUUCAUAUCUGAAAAUGAGCGCAUCCUUUCGUCUUUUGACCCUAUGGAUGAUGUUGUUUUCAUGCCAAAGUCUAAAGGCGGGGGGGGCAACCUUGAGGCAUCUGAUAUCACCAAGAACCAAGUAAAGGCUAUGAAUGAGCCAGGAAAUGAUGAAAGUUCUAUCCUAAUUCCAGGAAUCAAAGAGAUGCAGUUUCAAACCCUGAAAGAGAGGUGUCAGGGUGACAUUACCUCUCGCAAGGUAGAGCAUACCGUUGAUAAAACGCCGCAAACUAGACCGAAAAUUAGCCUUGAAACCCACACUCAGGAAGCUUUGGCCAAAAUUGUGGAGACUCCGGUCAUCAAUAAACCUUCUCCGAGCGUUCCACCUACAGUCAACCUUUCAGCGAAAGAAAAACAAGCAAAGGUUACCAAAGCCUCUCAAAACAUGCCUAACAGAGUGCCAAAGGCUAGUCAUAGAAUUUCGUCUCCUACCGCACUCAGGAGUAGAGGCUCGAAAGCUACUGCAUCUCCAAUGGUAAUUUCACCAAAAGAACCAAGCCGUCUGGAGGAGCCCGAACUCCAUCACAAAAAGUCUAUUCGUUUUUGCGACGUAUUAACCUCGAACCCGAUGAAGCCCGAAUCUCAGGCCACUAAAGUCGACGUGAAUAAACCUUUGGUCUCCAUUCUAAAAUCAACACCUGCUGAGCCACUAACACACCUCUCGGAUAAUAAUCGCAUAUACAAUUACGAAUACACCAGGGAAGUGGUUGUUUAUAAUCUUCCGAAUGAUAUCACAUUGUCUAGCCUCCUUCGACAGGUCAGGGGUGGACUGCUUGAGAAAGCCCUCAUUGAUUCGUAUGACUUGUCGGCUCGACUGGUUUUCGUGGAGCCCGAGGCUGCCAGGAGGUUCUACAAUCACAUUCACAGAAUUGGCUUCUUUGUGCAUACAGAGAUCCCCGCGGCUCAGUUUUCCUUGAAAGAAAGAUUGAUUCAGUGUAACCUUCGUGGGUUCAUAUGGACUAAUCAUUCGUGCGAGAUUCCCGUGCAUAUGAUUCAAAACAUAUGGAAACACGGCAUCACUCGUUGCCUAAUAAUCAGUAAUUUCCCCAGAGACAUAGGAGUUAUGAGGCUCAUCGAAGAUGUUAUGGAGCUCUUAGGUUUGCCAGCCGUUGAGACAAAAUAUAUUAUCGAAGGAACUUCAACCGAUCGGGAUUUAUCAAGUACUAGCGUAUUCGUACGCAUUGGGUUCUCCUGCAUUCAGUAUGCUUUCAGAGUAGGCAAAGAUUUAUCUACAUAUUCGCCGCUCUAUUCCAGAGUUUCUGUGUCAUAUGACAAAGAUCCAUGUGGGGGUUUAAUAAGCAAUGAACCACCUAGCUGUUGGACAGGUGGAAAGGAAAUUGGGAAUGAUAAGCCAGCAGUCCCGUCGCCAGCAAUAAAAUCACAAGCGCUCAACAGAUCAGCACCACUUGCAUGCACUGCUGCUCCAAAGAAGCCGACGACGAAUGUCCGUGCCGAUAUCGUGGCUUUGUGGAAUCAGUUUGAUGACAAAAGUCAGCCCGUUCCUGUAGAAAAAUUACCAGGAAACCCACAUGCCACAGCCAGUGCUCCUCCAGUAGCAGACAUCUCUAUUGCGUUCAAAGGGUUUUCAAUCCCAAAGAAGAAAACACGAAAGUCACCUGGAGAAUCCAAUCCCAAUAUUGCUCCUGACAAAAUCAUUCCACAAAAGGCCCAGAUCCAAAAGAGCGCUAUCCAAGAUACUCCGUCACCAGCGAUGCUUGAGCAGAUCACUUAUGACAACUGGGGGGUAGGCCUCUCCACAAAGGCUUCACAGCCCCCACUAGGCGCUCAUUGGAACUAUGGGGGACAGGAAGUGGCACGUGAAUAUAACGAAGCCAUCACCAAAAAAGCUCGCAGGAUGCCGGAAGCCCUUAAUAUUCCCGAUGAAAAGCCGAAGAUUGAAAAUAUUUGGCCAGAGCCUCCUUUGAUUGAUCGUAUAGUUCAUUUGAAGAAUCUUCCUCGCACUUUUCAUGUUGCUCGUCUUUUCCGCUUCAUCCGUGGGGGAAUGGUGGAGCACGUCGAUCUGAAGCCUCCAAACAGUGAAUACAACACUUCGAGUGCAAUAAUUGUAUUCGUCGACCCGGACUCAGUCAAAAGCUAUCAAAGUUAUCUCAAAUCCCCUGGCCUUACUGUUGAAAUGAACCAGCGCGUCGUUUUUGCAGAAAACAUCAGACCUGACAUCGUGGAAAAUAUCCGCUCGUUGGGUCAUCAUGGUUCUCGCACCCGGUGCUUGCACAUCGAGUCGUUACCAAACGGCACCAUGCUAGGAGAAUUUCUCGGAAUUAUCGAGGGACACAUGAACCACAGCAAUCUCGAAUUUGAACACGCUGCUAUUCGUAAGUCUAAAGAUGGUGGUUCUGAGGCCUUUCUCAGACUACUCAGCAUCGGUACAGCGGUCUUCGUCGCUCAAGUUCUGGAGAGGAGCUAUACUGGUAUAACUAUCACAUAUGAUAGGGACCCGUGUGAGGGCUCGGUGGAGGAACUGGAUGAGGUUAAUUUGGAAUUAAGAUAA